AUAAUAGUUCGGAAACAAGGUGGCAUAUCCAUGUCAACCGCUUGGCGUGCGACAAGCCCAAAAUGCACACCUCCGCUCCAUUUCUGAUCUGCAUCACUAUUUCGUAUCGGCGUCCGUAAUUGACGGUGCGUGUUGCCGCAGGGGCCUCAGAAACCGAGCGGAAGCUCCAUCAGAAGAUAUUUAAGGACUACAACUUGAAGGUGCGACCCGCACAGUACUGGGAGGAGAGAGUGAUGGUGCGGGUGGGAAUGACUCUGUCCCAGCUCGUCAGCUUGAAUGAGAAGAAUGGCGAGAUGACGACCAACGUGUUCAUGAAUCUGGAGUGGAAAGACUACCGCUUGUCGUGGGACCCGAAGGAUUACGACAACAUCAAUGUUUUGAGGAUUCCCGCAAACAAGGUGUGGCGCCCUGACGUCUACCUCAUCAACAAUAACGACGGGCAAUUUGACGUGGCGUUAUAUGUCAACGUCCUGGUGCACAAUGAUGGGAAAGUCAACUGGCUCCCACCGGCCAUCUACCGCAGUUCUUGCUCUAUCGAGGUUGCGUACUUCCCCUUCGACUGGCAAAACUGCAGCAUGGUUUUCCGCUCGUACACCUACGACGCCUCGGAAGUGGAGCUGCAGUAUUAUCUGGACGACGAUGGGCAGGAGAUCCGGGAGAUAGUCAUCGACGAAAACGCGUUCACGGAGAACGGCGAGUGGAACAUAUGCCACAAACCCUCGAGAAAGAACGUCAAGGAGGAUCUGUACGAGGACAUCACCUUCUACCUGAUCAUUGAGAGGAAGCCUCUUUUCUACAUCAUCAACAUCAUUGUUCCCUGCAUCCUCACGAGUGUCUUGGCUAUCUUUGUCUUCUACCUUCCCCCCGGAGCAGGAGAGAAGAUGACCCUCUCCAUUUCGGUCCUCAUCGCCUUGACCGUCUUCAUGCUGCUGCUGGCCAACAAGGUCCCUGAGACUUCGCUGGCCAUCCCCAUCAUCGUCAACUACGUGAUGUUCACCAUGAUCCUGGUCACCUUCUCCGUCAUCCUGAGCGUGGUCGUCCUCAACUUGCACCACCGCACACCCAGCACGCACAUCAUGCCCAGCUGGGCUCGCAGUUUCUUCAUAAAUUUCCUGCCCAAGUACAUCGGCAUGACACGGCCCGAGCAAGAGUGUCUUUCAAAGGAGGAUUCCGGCGACCAAACGCCCGCCCCAAGCUUCAACGGACGACAUCCUAGAGGGGAGUACUUCUUCCGCAACAUCAACCCCGAUCUCGUCAUACCUUGGAGAGGCAGGUGCGAGAGUCCGGUGCGGCUCCAAAGGCUUCCGGAGACGGAUGGAUUCUGUCUGAUUCUACCUCCCAACCUGAAGUCGGCCAUCGCCGCCGUCACGUACAUGGCCGAGCAGUUGAAGAAGCAAGAUACGGACGAUUCGAUGACCGAGGACUGGCAGUUCUUCGCCCUGGUGGUGGAUCGUCUCUUCCUGUGGCUUUUUGUCGUCAUUACUACUCUGGGCACUUUGGCAAUGUUCUUGGACGCAAGUUUCAACUACACGCCAGACAACCCCUUCCCGUAAGAGGACAUCAAAUCACCCUCGUCAAGCGCCACACACCUCCCUCCAGGGUCAUCAUACGGUUGAUUCAUUUGAACUUGCGACACAGCUCAAGAGAGUAUGUGACUUUCUGAUGAUCUGGGAAAAGUCCCUUUCCUUAACAGAUAUGCAAUUUU